AGAUUGAGAGGACAGCGAUGAUUAUCGGACAGGAAACUCUGAAGCGUUAGAGAGUCCAAGAGACAAGGGAAUGGCGUCGGUAUCAACGUGUUAUCCUUAUCGCACCGAGAUUGUGUUAUCGUCACGUGGCAAUCACCAGGAGAAUCUAGAGACAAUUUUAGAAUGCCUAAGGGAACAAGGACUCUAAAGAUUAGUUUUUGAGUAUGGGCGGCGGAUAUAUCACGCUGUGUGAGACUGAUACAAACAAUCAAAUUGAAGGAGAAUCAGCCGGUACGUCAGCAGUCUUUCCUCCAACCGCUGCGCUGCGAACUUCGGAACAAUUCGACGUCCGGAGAAGCCCUUGACUCCGGCGUGAAGGAACGACGAACCACUUCAGAGGCCAUAUAUUGUCAAAAAGCAGGAUAUGAGCAAUGCAUUUGGAGUAGCUUGGCGGAUACCAUGCCCGGGGCUUUGUGCCUCGAGCUUGCUGCCGUCGAGCACAGCAACAACACUCCGCUCCGCAUGGCCAGCUCCGAGGACCCUCCCCAGCUGUGCACCAUGGCGAUUGUAUAGCACCGCCAGCAGACCAUCUUUCGUCCUGUCGAAUACCGCGCUGUCAAUUCCAUCUCGUUUCCUGACACCUUCGAUCAGACCAUAUAAGUUUUCGCACUCGUUAUUCAAUUGGGCUCGUUCUGAACCCGAACCCGCCGAGCCUGAAUAUGAACAUGGGGUCCCUAUUCGUCAACAACCACUGUCUGCUGCCGAGAUCAAUGCGAUUUUUGGCAAGGGGAAGGUGUCUCCAGAAGUGGGGAAUCGCCUUCUGGCAGUUGUGCAAGGCCGCCGUCUCGCCGGAACCAUAGAUCUCGAUCUACCAUCUGAUCUUGUCGUUGUUGUUCGCGAAUCUACUUUCAACACUGCGCUGAAAUGGCUUCGUGCAAAGUACCCGGUUGACGAGGAUGCUGCGAUUCUUGCACGCUUUGAGAGGGAAGAACGUGAGGAGGAAGAGAAGCUCGUCAGGCGGGCGGAGAAACUGGGCUUGUACAAACCGCAGAGUGGCACCUAUGGCGCCGAACGCGGCGAAAACAACAGUCCAUACGGCAAGAGUGUCCUGAACGAAGUGCGCGAGUAUAACGAGGCCAAAAUACUGAAAGAAGAGGAACAGAAGCGGCAGGAGUGGCUGGAGGGUGAACUGAAAGACCAGGAAUUGAUGAAGCGUCAGCUCGAGCGGAAUACAGCGCUGCAAAAAUUCGAGGAAAAUGCAGUGGUUGAAGCACGUCCACGCGCCGACCCCAGUCAACGCCCUGUUUUGGCAUGGAUUCAGAAGCACCAUUUGCAAGCCACGGAAAAGGAACUGGAUCCUAAACAUAUGAACAUGUCCACGUCUCGACGCAUUCUUCCAUCUCUGAUUCUCACUUUCGUUACCAUUGGGCUUGGUUGCCUCUUCGCAGAAUACUAUCAACCGCCGAUGAAGAACGACCGCUUAUGGCCUAAUGUGCCCCCAGCUGCUGCUACUAUCCUGACUAUUGCCGGCUUGAACGCGAGCAUAUUCUUGUUGUGGAAGUUCCCACCUGCCUGGCGAAUGCUUAACAAAUACUUCAUCAGUCUUCCGCUCGUGCCUCGUCCAUUCAGCAUUCUGGGCAGUGUCUUCAGUCACCAGACUGUGAAACACCUGGCCAUGAAUAUGGCUAUCUUGUGGUUCAUGGGGACUAAGGUUCACGAUGAGAUCGGCCGAGGCAAUUUCCUUGCUCUGUACAUGGCAUCCGGAGCAUUUGGCUCAAUGGCAUCCCUGGCCGCUCGUGUUCUGACCGGCAACCUGGUUGUGACCUCUCUGGGAGCCAGUGGAGCCAUUUCCGGUGUUGUUGCCGCUUGGUGUAUUCUCCAUACCAACGAUAAACUCGUCCUCUGGUUUGUCCCCUACGAAUGGCAAAACACCUUCGCGGCUCCCGGUUGGGUGUUCCUGGCCGGGAUCGUCGCAUUCGAAGUGGCGAGCGUCCUUUCCCCGAUCAAAUUCCGCCAGUUCGACUACAUGGCCCAUCUGGGCGGAUACUUUGCCGGUGCCGUAUGGGCUGCCCUGUACAAUGCGAGGCGGGAGAAGAAACGAAAGCAGGAAAUGACCUGGUGGGAUAAAGUAGGCGGGACAAAAUGAAUGUCUUCUUCACUUCCCUUCGUCGUACAUCUCCACUUUUGUAUAGUUCAAUGUCUUAAUACCAUACUCACAUAUAAUGAUGUGUAAACCAGUUCUUGUUCCGAGACAACACGAGGCAAAGCAAG